GCCAAUCAUGCUGGUAAAAGUUGCUGGAAUAAACACAUCCUUUGGUGGACUUUGGUGGCAACUAUUGCACGUAAAAAGUAACAUUUUGUUUGUUUGACAUUAUCGGGCUCUGUUUGAUUGCUUCGAAUAAUGUCAAGCUGAUGUGUUGAGUUUUCACUCUUAUUUCAUUCUCGAGCGCAGUCUCUCUCUCUCUCCCUCUCUCCUUAUCUCUCUCUUUCUCAUUCAUUGUCGUAUCAAGCAGAUAAGUAUUUACGAAACAAGUCGCUAGAACGAGAUGGAAAGUGAGCGAGACAGAGUACGAGGACGACACACAUACACGCACAAAAAAACAACAGAGAGAGAGAGAGACAAAAGGAAUGCAAAAGCCUGGGAAAUCGCACAAAACCCGAGAGCAUCCAACGGCACAACGGCAGAUGAAAAUGUAGCCGAACGGAAAAUCCGUAUCCCUCUGUACCUGAAAAGCCAAGCGCGUCAGCAGCAAAGCUCUCCAGCUUUCGUACACGCUCGCCGAUAUCCUGAAAUGAGCAUGGCGCACGGGAUUGCUUUUCGUGCGUAUACCACUACACAGACACACAGCCACACACACACAUACACACACAUAUAUAUACAUGGUGGUGGAGCCUAGUGUUGGCAGCAGGGAAAGGAAGGAGUUGGGGAAGAGUUUUUGGGGAGCGAGAUACAACUUGCCGAAGCCGUUCGGUAAGCGGACGCGAGCGAGUAAACGGAACACACAGGGCCAGCCUCCUUGUUCAGGUGCUGCUCGGCAAGAUGUGAACCAGUUUCGGUUGUGCUUUCGUGAGUGUUGAACACAAAAUUUUCGGAACCACCACACCAGAUGGUUGAGGUGCGGUAACACUACCACACAAAACUGUGCUAGCCUUUCCCGGUUUUAAAGCUUAAUAUUUAUAACAAAAAAGGAAAGAAGGAAGGCAAAAAACACACACACACACACACCUAUACAACGGCCCUAAAGCGGAAACCGUUCGCACGUGGAAGUGGCGUGGAAGUGUACAAGUGGUUUUUGGGUAGCAAACUUCCAAAGUGGUGUCACUUUAUAUACGUAGCGCCUUUUUAGUAUGCCGUUUACGGUUACUUAGCAGUUGUAGAUAGGUGGCUACGUCUGACAGGCAGGUUGAAAACUUCAUCUAUGAUGUGUGGAUUGAGUACUGCAUUCAAAAAACUGCUACGAAAUCGUUAGUGAUAACGCAACGGGGCGAAGCUUCAUCACUCCUGCUACUGGUACACCGUUUGACUUUAUCACAAAAUUUUCAACCCCGGAAGCAAAGAGCCGCCGACUGCCAUUCGCGAUCCCUUAUCGGUCGCUUUUAGCCGUUGCUGCGUGUGUUUGAGUGCCUCCAGUGAGCAGGAACGCGAAGAACACGGAAAUUGGUGAUAAUAGUAUAGAGUUAGCGUUCGCUCGUGCAAUCCGCAUCCUGAUCGCAGCAAAGAGUACGCCUCGCUGGCAGUGUGGUGUAGACUAGCCACAGUGAAAAUUUUGGGUCGAAAAAUGGUUAUCACGAGAAGGUGACGGGGCAAACAGACUACCCCGUUUUUGGCAUUGGAAAAGCACAUCCCAAACAUAUGGCGCCCCGGGGGCUGUAACAUUCUAAUAGCAAUGUGCUCAAAAACAAAAUACAUCACCUGCGUGUACAUGUGUUGUGAAAUUGCUGCUCUUUCCAUUUCGUUGCAGGUUUACUAUAGUCUAGUAACGUUGAUGAGUUUCUAAGAGUGGCGAAAUACAAUAAACCUGCGUGGUUGCACCCGUGCACUAGCUUGCCUUUUUUCGUUAUCCUGAUUUUUACGCUAUUUCACUUUUCCACUCGGCUGUGUGUGUGUAUGUGUAUACGUACGACUGAUUUCGUUUUUUUAUUAUUUCGGUGAAAAUGUGUAUGUGUGCGUGGAAGUGUAUAAGGGUGCCGUGAACCUUCGGUUUGUUUUAAAGGACGCCACUCCACAACGAUCAACCAGCGUGUGCAAAGGGCAGUGUAGUGCAACAAUCAACAUACAGAAAUAAAAUACCCUCCCUUCCGCAUGUAAGAGUUCGCGCGAACCGAAAAGACUUCUACGCUCAAUGUCGCACACGCUCAUCAUUCAAACAGUUGCCGAUCGUAAGCCGGUUCAUUGUAAUAAUGGUCAACCGUCGGUUUAGGUGCGACAGUACGAAACGAAGGUGCUGUACGAAACAUUGCAGCCGGUGGCGAACUGCCUGUUCGAGGCGAGAUCCUACGGAAAUUCAGAUUCGGUUCGGUUUCACGGUUGCAGAUCAAUUAGGAACGCUAAGCUACUAACGCGGUGACCACCAAUAUCCGGAUCAUAAUAUACGCCCUGACAGUAGCGACAUCGUUGCUUCUCAAAGUAAACCACCUGAUGAGGAUGUGAUUGAGACUUCAGCUGUGUUUAGUGAUUUGAGUAGCAUGACUGUUUAAGAAACUUGAAAACAAAUCAAACAAUCCUCAUCUUGUUAAAGCUGUUGUGUAAGCGACGGGUGCGUGCUGCUGCACUACGUUACUUUACAGCACGACACACCUUAUACGGUAAAGCCGAAAAGUCGUUUCUUUUGCCGCAAAGCUGAGUCGGCGGUGUGAGUGUGUCAUCAUUCAACUCAUCAGCAUAAACGGCAACAGUACGCAGCGACAGAUUCUAACCAAAACUAUCACACUAUCGUCUGUAGUCCGUGGCGGUAGCAUAUUUUAAACAGGUUUCAUCGUCUCGUAUAUACAAUAUAUAUAUAAAUCUCGUCUGUACAUGUAUAUCUGUGCGCGUUAGUUUUAUGAAUCUCUGUCUGGCUAAGUGUGUUGGUGCCUGUUCGUGUGUUUUGCGUGUGUAUUUGUGUAAUUGGAUGAGGCAACGAAACCUGGCAGCGAAGCAGAGUUUGUGAACACCCAUCGCUAUCCGGAACUACUGCUGUUAAUAGUAAUGUAAUGUAAUUGUGUACAUAGAGCGCCGCUGCCUUCGAUAGCGCCAUACAGAAAGUGGUCUGAGCGCACUGCAUAUGUUUCGUGUGUAUGUGUGAGUGUGUGUAGCAUAUGAGGAUAAUCGUAUCCAAAUUCAUAUACGAGCGGAGAAAAUGCAACUCGGUUAAUUUUUGUUUUCUUUUUUACGUCUACAAUCGAGAUAAAGAACUUGUUGUAAGGCACAGUGUUCCUAGCACGAACAUGGUUAGGCGAACAGUACUACCACCAUCGCCAUAAACUGCUCAACUACUAAUAGCUUGAAACGGAAUUCAACUAUCAAGCAAACUGUUUAUCGCCCUGUUCCGUGCGCAACAGCAUCCGGUGCUAGCAACCGACCAGAAAAUUGUUCUGCACGACGGGAUUAGUAUAUAUUCGUCUGACAGUUGUAACUAGCACCAAAAAACACACACACACCCGUGCGCGCGAGCGCGCACACACACACAAACGCAUCUAAAGGCGCGCGAUGGUACUUAGCUUCACGGGGGAUACUUGCAGCAGGCAGUAGAACCGAUUCCGUAAGCGUGUGCGUGCACGGAUCUGCUACUGUCGCGUGUGAGUGUGUGUGUGUGUGUGUGUGUGAGGAAGGAAGGGGUCAGGGUGGCCCCCGAGGCCACCAGGGUGGCAACAGGCUCGAAUGGCAUCGUUCAAACUCGCAAGCUCGCAGCACGUUCGUACGACACAGCUUUAGUAGUCAUGAAACUAAUGAGCCCGCUGAGGGCGCUGCUACUAGCCCUCGUAAUGACACUCGCCGAAUCUGCUGGAGAAGCCGACUACACUUUAGAUGAUUCAUUCUGGAAUGAAGAAAGCCCAGUAGGUGAGGUGGAGCGUCUGCUGAAGGAGCACCAGCAAAACCAGGAACUGGUGGAUAAGAUCGGUAGCAGUUACUACCAGAUCAUCUAUCCCGUACAGUUGCGCCAUCAUGAGAAGAUGGGCAUUUCGACGCGUGAAGUUAACCAGCCAAAGGUACGCUAUCGCUUCCGCGAACCGGCGGAUACGAACCGGACACGUACACGUAAAUCUUAUUAUUAUGAAGCUAAUUAUGCUGUGUAUGGUGGUGGUGAUGAUGAGACGGGUGGAACGUUUCCACAGCGUGGCUAUGAUGGUAGCUACUCGGGAAGUGGUGGUGGCCGUGGUCGCUCGAGGACUGGGAAGCAUUUUCAUCGAACAUCACUUUUGAUAAAAGCUUUUAACCAUAAAUUUCGAUUAGAUUUGGAAUUAAAUACACAAUUACUAGCUCCCAACAUUGUACAGAAGCACUAUCUACCUAGCGGGUUCGCUCAGGAUUCACAUCGAGAAAUUGAACACUGCUACUACCACGGCACGGUUAAAGACUAUCCGGGAGCUAGUGCAGCCUUCCACACCUGCAACGGUGUCAGCGGUGUGAUACACGUCGGUAAUGAAACGUUUGUUAUUCAUCCAUUUUACGGAGGUGAUUUAUCGCAGAAACAUCCACAUGUUAUAUUUGAAGCACGUACAAAAUCAAAUAAAGGCUGUGCGAAUUCCGGCAACCUCGAGUGGAGGACGCGUUCCAUACGCCGCGGCAGCAGCCAUCAUGCCGGGCUGGUGGAGCUGAUCGAUCGCAACGGUGCUGGCCGGUAUAGGCGGGAUGUGCGCGAAACCACCAAGUACAUCGAAACGGCCCUCAUUAUCGACAAGGCGAUGUUCCAGAAGCGCAACGGCAGUACCCGUACGGAGGUGGUCCACGAUGCCAUACAGGUGGCCAACAUUGCUGAUCUGUACUUUCGAACGCUAAAUACACGCGUGUCCGUUGUAUAUAUCGAAACAUGGCAGGGCCAGAAUCAGGCCCAGAUCGACGGAGGCAAAGAUAUUAGCAAAGCAAUAUCCAAUUUUAACGACUAUACAUCUAGGAAUUUGUAUAAAAUAGAUAAAGAUACGACCCAACUGCUGACUGGUGAAACAUUUGCUGGCGGUGAGGUUGGCAUGUCCGUACCGGAAACCGUGUGCACACCGAAAGCUGUCGGUAUUAGCGUAGACAUGAAUCCUUAUGAGCCGCAUCUGCUCGCCGGAACGAUGGCACACAUGAUA